CAUGCGCAUAAUGAGUGAGCGGGAAGACACAUCCAUUAUGGGCAUGAGCAGCAAACAAUAUGGCUGCCCGCACUGGGAGCUCCCUCCCGGUGCAGACAGCUUAGCAAUGGUAAGGGCUGUAGUUUAAAAAAAACAAAAACUAUUGUUUUCCCCAACCAGAAUGCAGGCCCUUUUAUUAUGAAACAAUUAGAGGGUGAUAGACACCUAUUAAGUUAAAGUUAUUUAAAAUAAGCUGCACAGCUGAUGCAGUUACAGAAUACAUUUGUAAACAUACCUGAUUCCUGAACCCCCAGAUACCCAUAAUACAUGAAUAUCAGCCCAUCAUAUUUACCAUAUACAAGUAUUCAUAUCAAACAGUAUUGUUACUAGUAUGGCUAGCUCAAGAAUCACAUUUUUCAAAAGAUUUGGUAAACUGAGGGACUUUCCCCAACAGCAGGAACAGGAAAAUAAUAAAGAUAAAUGGCAAGACAGUACAUAUGUCUUUAACCAAGUGAGAGGUUAUGUGAGUCAGGCAGAGUCUCCCUGCAUUCAUGCAUGCACACAUCUACCUUGUUCCCAUUUUAGCUUCCUUCCCCUUUUCACAAAUUAAUUUAACCCUUUUGGAUGGAGUUACAUUUAGAGUCUGGGUCUGUUUCCCAAAUUUAGUGGUUAAAAAAAAAACAAAACAGAAAUCAAGCAAAAAGCUCCUUCUGGUAAAGUGCUACGUCUUUAAAAAUGUCUCAUUGCAGAAAUGACGCUGCAAUAUGCAAUAUUAGCAAACUGAAUAAUGAGUAUCAUAGAUAUUUUGGAACUGCACCUUUAAUAUGAAACCCUUUAUGGCAAUAAAUUGCACUGAUACUGGAAACUACAAAGAAGUUCAAAACCACAGGCAGCGCAGGAUCAAAUACUGUUGGUGUCUGAAGCACCACCCAGUAAAGCCAGUUUCCUCUUCUAUAUGAGAACAUUAAAAGAUUGUACAAAUGAUUUUGCCUUGAGAUGCAGAUAAACUUCUUCACUGCUACCGCAUGACAGCCCCACAUUCUGUACCAUUUCUGAUUUCCAGAACCUAGAACACGAAGUGUAAUGAAUACCAUGGGGGUUCAAUGUGAGGAUUGCACGUGGCACUAUGUUGGUGCAGCUGGAGUAACUGCAAUUAUAUGGCUAUCUGUAUUACUUGGCUUUUUGAUCUUCAGAAAGAAAAGGCUAUUAUUAGAUAAAGCCCAAGAUUCCACCGAGACAUGUGAGAUGGAAGAACAGAAGCAAGAUGAUGAAAUGGAAAUUGUAUACUGUGCUGUGGCAUUUCCUGAGAAAGUAAAACCAAAGAGCAAAGAACAUGAAAGCACAGUCUACUCUGAAGUAGCUUUUAAUGCUAACAGAAACCAGCCAGAGUAUCAAACUUAUAAUCCUGCUAAUGAGAUCACAUAUGCCUCUGUCAAAAUGUCAACUGGACCUGAAACUGGCAUCACUGAUGUAUAUGCAGUUGUGAAGAAAAAUCCAACAAAGGGACUUUCGGAACCGUAAA